AUGAAUAAUAAUAUUUCUAAAAUAGUUUAUAUUUUAUCUUUAAAAAGGAUUGACUUCAAAAUAAGAACAGUUGAGCUUGAUGGUAAGCGCGUAAAAUUACAGAUAUGGGAUACUGCUGGUCAAGAGCGGUUUCGAACUAUUACAACCGCCUACUACAGGGGUGCAAUGGGAAUUUUGCUUGUCUAUGAUGUUACUGAUGAGUCAUCUUUCAAUAAUAUAAGAAACUGGAUUAGGAACAUAGAGCAACAUGCUUCCGACAAUGUGAAUAAAAUUUUGGUAGGCAACAAAGCUGACAUGGAUGAAAGCAAACGGGCUGUGCCAACUUCAAGAGGGCAGGCUCUUGCUGAUGAGUAUGGCAUCAAAUUUUUUGAAACGAGUGCGAAGACGAACCUGAAUGUGGAGCAGGUUUUCUUCUCCAUAGCAAGAGAUAUCAAGCAAAGGCUUGCUGAAUCUGAUUCAAAGCCAGAGGAUCGCACGAUCAGUAUUAACAGACCUGAGGGUGGUGAGGCUUCAGCGUCACAAAAAUCAGCUUGCUGCGGAUCGUGACGGGGUUACAUGCGAUACCAUACUUUGUAAUUUACCCUUCUACGUACCUUUUAUCUGGCUGUCAUCGUUCUCGUCUAACUUUUAAAUGCAAUUGCUUGGAUUCAGGUUUCUGUGUUGUAAUGUGAACAAUUUUAGUUGUACCCCUGGUAGAAAUGCAUGUGCUCAUAAGUCAUUGCACCUUGUUUUGAUGGAAA